AUGGAACGCGCUGGUAUGGACGACGCAGAUCCGCAAGGUUUCCAUAGUCAGUGUACAUUUAGUUAUGAUCAGGAUGUAGGGAAUACUCUUGGCGAAUACUUUCUGCGUUUGAACGGAGUAGGGGAAGGGGCACAGAUGAAUAUGCAGCCCAGUUUGCUCAUGACCUAUACUCUGGAGGGAUCUACUGAAGUAGCCGGAAACAUAUACGACAUUGAUGGGGACGAAGCGACCGGGCGCGAAGACCAAUUCAAGGUCACAGCGUUCAACGCCGCGAAGCAAGAGAUUGGCUCACAACUCAGUCCACGUGCUUCAACGGCUGAUUGUAGUGCGAAUGUUUGGAAGUCUCAUCCAUGGGAGUUCCUUAUCACAACCACAGAGAUCAUCAGAUACGUGAGAAUCGACUAUGUCGGAUCAGGUGUACAUGGUGAUGUAAACUUUGGAGUCGAUAACAUUCGCGCGUUCGGCUGUUCAGAUGAUACAACCACUCCAAGUCAGUCCGCGAGCCCGUCUUUCACUCCGAGUGUGACUUCGUCUACAUUCGUUGCAUCCAGAAUAUCGGGCGUUAUCACUGAGCAUGUAAGCGGCACCCUACUUGAGGGAGUUCCAGUUGCCAUUCAGUGUGCCACCGAUUCAAAUUUGAAUGUCGUGCUGACUACGGAUAGCAACGGUGCCUACCUCCUAGAAGACGCACCAGAUUGUGCCUAUAUGGUCUACGUCCCACUCGUGGCGAACGAUGUCUCUGGUUUCCCGAAGGUUACUGUCUACUCCAACUCUAGCGUCGAUGUCCUGAUUGAUGUAGACACACGUGUCGGAGUGGCUGACUUCGAAUAUAUCGUUUUGGGAGCCAUUUCUGGGUAUACUUUGAAUGACUUUGAUCAGAGCCCAAUCCCCGAUGUCACGGUGACACUUGAAUGCAGCGGCAUAACGGAGCAGAGGCAAACAGACGCGGAGGGUUAUUACCUCUUUGAUCUUCUUCCGGAGUGUGUAUAUACUGUCAGUGUGCCCACGAUGGUCGAGGAUGACUGGCCUAUUAUGGAGGGACCUAUUGGCGGGUCGUCGCCUCUGGAAUCCCAUGAGGUCGAAAUCGAGGGUGUGAAUCGUAACUUCACACAUGUUGAUUUCAAGUACCUCCCUCAGGGUACCAUUGCAGGUGUUCUGCGAGACUUCGUCACUAAAGAGCCCAUUGUUGGCGAGGAUGUCACUAUCACGUGCUUAGAAGACGAAAGUAUCACUUUUACGAUGGCAACCGACUCGAAUGGUGCGUAUGAGUUUAUCGAGCUCGGCUAUUGUAUCUAUGCUAUUCUGGCUCCGCAGCAGGUAACUGCUGUUGGUCCUAUUUAUCUUGGUCCUGUAGACGAGGAGGACGACCUCUUUAUCACCACGAAGGUGAUUGAUGAGAACAUUCGUGCUCAUGGUGGCGUGGAUUUCGAGUACACUACGCUGGGCAGCAUCUCAGGUCAUAUAAUUGAGUGGGACCUAAGUUCACCCGCUGGUAUUGAAAACGUGCCAAUUAACCUAGUGUGCAGUGUGAAUGAGAAUAUCACUUUCACUACGAACUCGUCGGGUGUUCUGGGUGACUAUGAGGUCACCGAUAUGCCUGUUUGCACGUAUAUAGUAACCGUUCCCGAGGUUGUCGACGGGCUCCCAAUCUUCAGCGGUUAUGAUGGUGAUGAUACUUUGAAUGUUGCCGAUGUGAUUUUAACUAUCAACUCACCGGAUAAACAGAACGUUGAUUUUUAUUACUAUUUGGUACCGUCGCCGAGUCCUAGUGCUACGCCUACUGGUAGCGCCAGCCCGACGGCAUCGACCAGUGCAAGUCCUUCGACUGUGGUACCAGCCACAAUCUUUGGUAUGGUCAUUGAACACACCAGCCUCACACCACUCGAAGGGGUUACAGUUACGCUCACGUGCCCCGCUGAUCCAUCACUGGACGAUACGACCGUGACUGGAGUGAAUGGCACUUACUCGUUUGUAGAUGUGGAUGACUGUGAAUACAUCGUGGGUGUUCCCAUGGAGGUUGAAAAUGUGUCUGGGUUCACGAAGCUGGAUGUUUUCACUAGUUUUGAUGUUGCUGUGGAGAUUGACGAUAAUGCGCGUACCGGGCAGGCUAAUUUCGAGUUCAUUCCAUUGGGAACCAUAUCUGGAUUUACUUUAAAUGACUUUGACGAUUAUGCGAUUGCUGAUGUUCCGGUCAAUCUCGUCUGCACUGAACUAGGGCUAUCUGUCAACAAGAACACAGAUUCCAACGGUUUCUAUGAGUUUACUGACUUAGAACCUUGUGAUUAUGUUGUAUCUGUGCCAUCGAGUGUGGACUCUGUAGGACCUAUUGUUUUCGGUCCGAUGGACAAUGACACGUUGCUUUUCUCACACGAAGUAGAGAUCAGUGACAGUGUACGUGAAGUUACCGAUCGUACAUUCAAGUAUCUGCCUCAAGGUACUAUCGCUGGUAAACUCUUCGAUUUUGUUCCCGGAACCGGUAUCGAGAAUGCGACAGUUUCCAUCACUUGCGCCGAAACCGAUGUGACGAUCACAAAUGUAACUAAUGCGGCUGGCGAGUACGAAUUCACGAAUCUCCCGUUCUGUGACUAUCUGGUUGUUGCACCAACAUCGGUCGACACUGCGGGUCCUAUCUAUACAGGUCCGCUCGAUGGACCUGUGGAUGGGACCAAUCCACUGCAUACUACAACCGUAGUAAUCAAUAGCACAAUACUAGCAGUGGGUGACGUGGAUUUCUCGUAUACCCAAGUGGCGACUAUUUCUGGGCAUACAUACGAGGACAUUGACACUGCUAUACCUGAUGUUUUUGUGACGAUCAUUUGCACAGAAGCACCAUCCAUCAUGUUCACAACUGAAACAGGAAUCAAUGGGCAGUAUAUAUUUGCCGACGUUCCCAUGUGCGAUUAUCUGGUUUAUGUUCCUGAUAUCGCGAAUGAAAAACCUAUUGUUGAAGGGUACGGCAGUUCGGACCCACUCAACGAGGCCAUGGUUUUCCCCACAAUCCAGGAGCCCGUUGUGGAGGAUGUUGACUUCAUCUACCGCAAUCCUCCUUCCUCUAGUCCAACCGCAUCUGGGUCUGCAAGUCAUACGCCUUCAGCGACCCCGACAACCAGUCCUGAUGGUAUAUGUCCUGGUGUAUGUGCAGAUAACUGUAACGUGGAGUGUGACAUCACUUGUCAGCUUCUAGGUAUACAGUAUGUGGAGGAUGGCCAGUGCACGCACUUGACGGGUGGAGCGAACAAAUGUGAAUCGGGCUUAGAGUGUUGCAUGUGCACUGGGGAGGACGCAUCACCAUCGCCAACUAGCUCACAGACUGCCAGCCAAUUGCCGAUUCCGAGCCCGACGCCAAGUGCAACUGUCACCGCUAGUCCGAGUGCAACUGAGACUGCCAGCCCAAGCGCGACCGUUACUACGAGUGCAAGUGUGACCCCAAGUGCAUCAGCAUUGGGUGAUUGUAUUCAUGGAAUCGUUAAGGAUCUAACCACUCUUGAGCCGCUAAGCAACACUGCUGUCUUCCUAACGUGCGAUAAAGGCUUCAGUGCGAGUACGGUGACUGAUGAGAACGGAGAAUACGUAUUUUAUAAUGUGCCAGAAGAAGACUCGUGUGAGGUUUCGAUCUCAGAGGGAGGCGAUUCGGUGGAUCUCGACGUGAACGAUUCACAGGUUACCUGCGUUGAACCUUCACCAUCUCCUUCAUCAUCAGCUUCAGUUUCGUCAUCUCCCAGCCAUACGGCGUCACUCACA